AUGGGAAAUUUAGUAGAAAGUCCUGUUAAAUGGUAUGUUGAUGGAUUAGUGUAUGAAUUGGAUUUGAAGUGCGAUACAGACUACAUGUCGUAUAUGGAUUUAGAAAAUAUGAUAAAGGAGGAGGGAUAUAUGAAUAUCAAGUGUAUGUGGUAUUGGAACCCCAAGUAUAGUUUUAGCCGUGGCCUUAGACCCCUAAAUUGUGAUAGUGAUGUUCUUAAGUUGGCAGAGGAUAUUAAGGGUUUUAAUUUGGUGGAUGUGUAUGUUGAGCACUCAAUAGAAGUGACUCAUGUUGAGGAUAAUAUUGAUGGCUGUCUAAACUAUGUUGAUGAUGAAGUUGACUCUGAUGUUGAAAUUACAAGUAAUCAUGAUGAGGCUGAAGUUGAAGUUGGAAGUGAACCUAUUAAGGCUGAAGUUGAAGUUGGAAGUGAACCUAUUGAGGAUGAAGUUGAAGUUGGAAGUAAACCUAUUGAGGCUAAAGUUGAAGUUGGAAGUAAACCUAUUAGAAUGGAUGACGGUGAUGAUGAUGAUGACUAUAUUGUAAGUGAGGGUGAGAUAAGUAGUUCUAGUCAUGAGGAUAACGAGCAUGAUGCUGAAAGUGAGAAUGUUAAAGAGCAUGUAGAUUUGGAUUGGAUAACUGUCAUUCAUUAUGAUGAUGCUGGUGAUAAGGCUAUAAAUUCUGAGGAUGAUCCUGAUUUUGAUGUGUUGCAUACACCUAAUGAGAGUUGUAGUGAUGAGGAACAAGAUAAGUUUCCUUCUUUUAAAAGUGACUCCUCGAAGUUUGAGUUAGGUAUGGUUUUUAAUAACAAAGAAAAGGUUCAUGAGGUUGUGGCAGACUAUGCUUUGAAGAUGAAAAAAAAUGUUUAG